AGAAAGAGAGCAACCAACGAGAACGGAGAGCUGGGGUGAGGCCGGCUGACGUCCCUCCUGUCUAAGUUACCGUUCAGAGCAGCUUGGCCCGAGCGUACGAAUCGCGCUAGUGACAGCUGGUUUCCAGCAUACAAAAACCCCUGACCUCCCCCGUCCAUCCUCUCCACCAUACCAUAGCACCGGCUUUGCUAUCCUGCCAGGCUUGACGACCUUUGCUUCUUUUCUGCUUUACUAUUAACCUUAACGUUACUGUUUGACGCAGCAUACAAUCAUGCCUAGCUUUCUCAACCCUUUCAAGGUCCUCGCCAACGCGCGUUCCACUGUCGCUCGUGGUCACCACCGUCAUCAUCACCACCACCAGCAGUCUCCCGCUGCUCCCUCGCCUACCCCUACCUCUUCUCCGGGGUCUUCUAAUGACAGUAUCUCGGGCCUGGCGUUGGAUGACCCUAACCCGCAUCCUGUCACUGAUGCCCCUACCGAGGGUAAGAAUAGUGCACUGGCAUUUACCCCGGCCGAUGCCGCUGCUUUUGGUAUUUUGCCCGCUCCUCCUCUUCCAUCGCCUCCUGCCAUCAUCCUGAGUGAGCCGUUGGACCCCAACUCCCUCCCUGGUCGACGCACAUUCACUGCUUCCGCCGCUGUCGUCGUCACCCCUUAUUCCGUCACCGUCGCUGCCGAAGCUGGUCCCUCUCGUCCCUUCGCUCCGGUCUUGCCGCCUCGUCAACCGAGUGAACGCAGGCUUAAGGCUGACCAUGCUCAUGAUGUCGCCGAACACCUUCACAUGGAGCUCGAUGGUGUUGCUACCCCGACGAAGGAGUACGAUACCCUCGCUUUGGCUCCGGCGUUGUAUGCUAAGGGCAGCCUCUCUCCUCGUCACUUCUUGAAGGCUCAGGAUUCGUUGGUGGUUGCGCACCACCGUCUUGAAGGAGACACCUCCUCUUCUUCGUCCUCUGAUGAUGAUUCCGAGAUUGAGCGUCUUCAUGAGGCGGAGCAGACCCUUCACGAUAUCACGCGUGCUCAGGCUCUCGAGGCUGAACGUGAGGAGAUCGAGGCAUUGGAUGAUGAGAUCGCUCUCCUCGACCACGAUGCUUCUGACGUCGAGGAGCGUGCCGUCGCCCAGAGAGCCGAGGCGUUGGAGUUGGAGAAUGCUGCUGAGAACUUGGAUGAGGAACUCGAACGUGACAUUGAGCGUUUGCCGUCGUCUUCGUCUUCUUCCUCCUCGAGCGAGGAGUCAAGACCGCAGUCUGCACAGACUGCUCCUGAGACGCAACCUCAAUCCGCUCCCUCCGAGUCUAUUACUUCUGCUCCCACCCCCGUCGCCUCCCCCGCCCCUGCUACUUCCGUUCCCGAGCCCGAAGAAGUCCAAACCAGCACCGAAGAGGAGCUCAAACUGGACCAAACCACCCCUAGUGAGGAAGCCAAGCUGCGCGACGUGAUGAACCCCAACAUCUGCACCGCCGAGAAUGAAGCCGUCCGGGCUCUUCGUCACGUUGACCGCAAUGUCGCCUACAAGGAGGAUGAGAGACCAAAUAAUAAGCGAACGAGGACGCAUGCUGCGGAUAGUGUUGUCAGUGGGCGGAGUGGAGCUAGUGGGAGGGAUGUUCAGGAGGGCGGGAUGAGUAGACGGGAGAGUUACUAAAAGAUCAUGAUGGAUGAGCGUAUGUUGGUGUGGGUUUGAUAUUGUGCUUUGAGGGCUUAUGGUGUUUGAUUGUGUGCGAGCUGGACUCGUACAUUUGUGUUACCUUUGUUGUUUUUUUAUGAUGAUUGUUACGAGGAGCAAGGCUCCGUGGGAGU